UGCUGCGGAUUAGCCCUUUGAAUGCUCUUAUAUGUACUGUGAAUAGAAAUUUUCACGUAAGGAAUAUUUGAAAUUUCAGGUACAAAAUCACACUGGGGAAAAGCCAUUUGAAUGUUCUUGCUGUAAAAAGAAAUUUGUAAGGAAUGGAGAUAAUAAAUUCAUUUUGGGAAUUCACACUGGUAUGAGGAGAACCUUUUUAAGUCACUGUUCUUAUAGMUGGAAGACGUUUAUACAAGAAAAUCACUUGAAAAAACAUUUACGAACUCACACUGGAGAGAAACCAUUUGAAUGUUCCAGACGCAAAAAGAAAUUUAAACAUUUAAGGAAGUUUGGGUUGUCAUGUUACAUCACACUGCAGAGGUGGUUUUUGAAUUUAGUGGUCGUUUAUGUUAAUUAAAAAAAUAUAUUUUUUUGUUUUUCUUUUGUUUGUAAAUGUUUUUAUUACAAUAUAGUGAAUGUUKUCAUUCACUGGUAUUGCAAGCAAUACCAAGUUUUUGUCAAGAAAAUAGUUGGAAUUCAUGCAACUGGUCAGUGUGUCCAUAUUAAAUGUUUUUGUUUUGUUUUUUUCUUAGUAGACCUAAAGAAAACAAAAAUAAGGUGAGGAAACCUAACGGAAACACAAAUAAGAUAUCGAAACUGGAGUAUUGCCAUUUUUUUAUCGAAGUGUAUUCUCCUGGAAACGUGGGCUACCUGUUUAAACUUGCACUCGAGGCUAGUUUCAGUUUUCCGCGGUCUUUUCUCUUCCCUUCAACUAAACCCCUUCGAGCGUAUAUCGUAUGAGCAUUGCAUAUUCUGGAAGUCUGCGGUGCGGAGUGGUGCACUUAAUUCUGAUUUGUUAGCGACUGGAAUGUGAUAAAAGUCGCCAGAAAAUAGUUUSGAAAAAUGUUGCAGCAAAUCAAGAGUGAACAAGGAGAGAAGUGUUCCAUGAUUGGUCAACAGCCAGUAACCAGUCAAGAAGUCAAUGAUGAUGGUUCUAAUCACAUGAACAUUGACAGAACUAUUGGGGUCAACAAGACAGAAGAACUAACCUUUGAAGAACCAGUUGUUUUAUAUGUUCAUGGAGAUGACUUAGACAUUCAGACAGAUCUAGAAGACGAACUGCACACUGAGAGCGCAAACGACAUCCGGGAGGAGUUUAAUGCGACAAAACGCAUUGCAAGGAAGCCAUUAAAAUGUUCUCAAUGCACGAAGAAAUUUGCAACAAAAACCAAGCUUGAUUAUCAUCUAAGAACACACAAGAAGUUAUUUGAAUGCUCUGUCUGUCAAAAGAAAUUUGCAAUAAAAAAAACGUUUGACCGUCAUCUAAGGACACACAAGGAUCCAUUUAAGUGUUCUCAUUGUGAAAAGAAAUUUCCUUCAAAGACUAAGCUUGACUGUCACGUCAAAAAACACAGGAAGCCCUUUGAAUGUUCUCACUGCAAAAAGAAAUUCAAAGGGGAGAAAACUUUUAACCGGCAUCUAAGAAUACAUAGCGAGAAGUUUGAAUGCUCUCAUUGUAAAAAAGAAUUUGCAUCUUUGGCAAGGUUGAGGCGUCAUCUAGUGACACAUGAGAAGCUAGGCCUAGAUAAUGGAUUGCAUGAUGGAAAGAGAGAAGACAGAAUUAGAGACGUUAAUUGUCAUCUAGUAACAAGUGCCAGAGAGUGUUCAUACUGCAGAAAGAAAUUUGCUUCAAAGUGGAAUUUAAUAUGCCACCUGAGAACUCAUACUGGAGAGAAACCUUUUGAAUGCUCUUACUGCAAAAAGAAAUUUACCCGCAAACAGGAAAUGAUAAUUCAUUCACGGACUCAUACUGGAGAGAAACCUUUUGAAUGUUCUUACUGCAAAAAGAAAUUUACCCGCAAACAUCAUAUGAUAGAUCAUUCACGGACUCAUACUGGAGAGAAGCCUUUUGAAUGUUCUUACUGCAAAAAGAAAUUUAACCAGAAACAGAAUUUGAUAAUUCAUUCACAGAUUCACACUGAAGAAAAACCUUUUGAAUGCUCUUACUGUAAAAAGAAAUUUAACCAGAAACAUCAUAUGAUAGAUCAUUCACGGACUCAUACUGGAGAGAAGCCUUUUGAAUGUUCUUACUGCAAAAAGAAAUUUUCCCGGAAGCAUCAAAUGAUAAUUCAUUUACGGACUCAUACUGGAGAGAAACCUUUUGAAUGCUCUUACUGCAAAAAGAAAUUUGCUUCAAAUAGAUGUUUAACACUUCACAUAAGAAGUCACACUGGA